GGUGGCUGCUGCUCCUGGCCUGGCUCAGCGGCGUUGGCACCGCGCAGAGCCCAGCCCUGGGGAUGCCGGCACAGGUCUCCAAGCCCCCAGCCCCUGGUUGGUCCCACUGGCAGCUGCCCCCCGGUGCCUGGGCGCCCUGGGGACCCUGGAGCUCCUGCUCCAGCUCCUGCGGGGACGGCGUCGCUCUCCGUACCCGGAGGUGCCUGCGGUCCACCGAGGAGCAGCUGUGCACGGGCGACCCGCGGCAGUACCGGCUCUGCCAGCUCCAGGGCUGCCCCAGCGGCUCGGUGCCCUUCCGUGCCAUGCAGUGCUCUCUCUACAACAAGAAGCCCGUCCUGGGCACAUCAGCCCGGUACCAGUGGGUGCCUUUCCAUGGAGCCCCCAACGUCUGUGACCUGAACUGCCUGGCCGUGGGGCACAACUUCUACUACACCUUCGGCCGGGUGCUGGAUGGCACUCCCUGUGGCCCUGGCUCUCCAGACCUCUGUGUCAGCGGGCGUUGCCUGAGUGUGGGCUGCGACGGGAUCCUGGGCUCAGGUGUGCGGCCGGCUACCUGUGGCCAGUGCAGUGGGGACCAUGACACGUGUCUCUUCGUGCACCGGCUGUUCCAGGGCGAGGACACCUCCUCCGGUUAUUUUGGGUACACGAAUGUGACCAAGAUCCCAGCUGGGGCCAGCCACAUCAAGGUGACGGACAAGAGCCGCAACUACCUCGGUAGGACGUGUCCUAUCUCUGUCCCAGUCAGUCCCAGUCCAUCCCAGUCAACCCUGGUUGGUGCUACCCAUGGGUGCAGGCAAGGCAGGGCAGGGGGUGGCUGUUCUGUGCCGUUCCAUGCGGUUCCCCCACUCAGAUGCUUUUCUGAGUGUUGCAGGUUCAAUGAACUCUUCAAUGAACACUUGGGGCAAUUUUCCAGAGGCUGCAGCUGUGGUUUUUGGGAAGGGCUGAGCUGGAGCAGGGCCAGGACUGGGAUCCUCAGACCCCCCAGUCCCCUUCUCAGUGCAGUUGGGUCCAUGUCCCCUGCUGGGACCAGGACCUGGGGGCUUGGGGGCAGUUUGCACACCAGGGUUUGGCUUGGGAUGAAAGCCAAGAUCUUACAAGAAAGCAGAUUUCUCGUAAGCCCCGACCACAGCUCUCCCAGCCCACGCUGCCCUCCCUGCUCAGGGAGAGGCCUUCGGUGGGGACCCAGCCAUUGCCCAGCGCAGGGGUCCCAGGGCCCAUGCAGUGCUUGGGCCUCAGGCACGCUCCCUCCCACAGCCCUGAUGACGAGUGAUGGGCGCUAUGUGCUCAAUGGGGACUGGUCCAUUGCCUGGCCGGGGCAGUACGAAGUAGCCGGCACCCACCUACAGUACACCCGGACCCCCGAUGGCACAGAGAGCUUGGAGGCCCCUGGUCCCACCAAUGAGGAUCUGCAAGUGAUGGUCCUACUGCAGGAGCCCAACCCUGGCAUCGAAUACGAGUUCUGGCUGCCCCGCGGGCACCCCCAGCCUGGUCAUGGCAACUCCAGCCCCCUGCGGCAUCCCCAGCCCCGAGGGGCUGGCACCCCCCCACCCCAGGAACCCCUGGGAGCCCCAGCUCUGCCGCCCCAGCCCCAGAACUCUGCCACGGAGCCACCAUUGAGGAGCCCCCCUGGCUGGGCCGGGGUCACCGCAGGGCGAUGUGGGAGGUGCCGCACCCCCAAGGGACGCUCCCAGCGCAUCCGCCACUUCUGCGAGAGUGACUUUGUCUUCCAGGGCCGGAUCCUGGCUCGGCGCUUGGUGGGGCAGGAGACGCGCUAUGAGGUGGAGGUGAAAACACUGUACCGGCACCGCUUCCCGCUGGUGCGCCGGGAGUACGUGUGGGUGCCCAACGCCUGCGGCUGCCCCCCGCUGCGGGAGGGGGGCGAGUACCUGCUCAUGGCGAGGCAGCACGUCAACUACGAGCGCACACUCAACCGCAUCCUGCUGCAGGACGACGGCUACGCCCGGCCGUGGACACCCCGUGAGGACCGGCUGGUGCGGGAGGCAGCCCGGCACUGCCCCCAGCCCCGGCCGCCCUGAGCAUCCCCCCGUCCGGCCCCAGAGCCUGGGGAGGGGGCAGCCGGCAGGACCCCGGGGGCUGGAGAUGCUCCUGCCGUGCACCAAACCCUUCCCAUGGCUGCGGAGGGGUCUGCAGGGACACCCCCCCUUCCUGUUCGCUGCCCUGUGCCGGGCAUGCUGCUGUCCUUGGGGUCGAUUUGGCUGGGGGGGGUAUGGAGGAGGGUGGUAAUUUAUUUUUUAUGCAGAAAAUAAACGUCUGUAUCAC